AUGAAGAAAAGCAUUUUUGGGGAGUUACCAUAUUGGAGUACAAUUCUCAUUCGUCAUAACUUGGAUAUGAUGCAUAUUGAGCCUAAUGACUUUGAUAAUAUAUUCAGCACAAUGAUGGAUGUUUCAAGGAAAACGAAAGACAAUAUAAAAGCUCAGCAAAAUUUAAAGGUUAAUAUGUUUAUUAAGGUCGAACAUAGUGAAAAAGAUGAUGACAAUGAAAGAGUUAAAGAAAAAGACAAAGAGACAGAGGAAGAUGCACAAAAAGAUGAUGAUAAGGAAAGUGAUGAUCUUGAAGAUGAGAACAAUGAAAAUGAGUUUGCAUGUUCAGAUGAUGAUUAA